CACCUACAAUGGAUUUCUCAAUGAAGAAUUGGUUCAGCGAAGUGAACGAGCUGUGGCCAGGUCAGAGUAUGUCACUGAAGGUGAAGAAGCUUCUGUGGGAGGAGAAAUCGCCAUUCCAGCACAUCCAGAUAUUCGAAUCGGAAACCUAUGGACGCGUCCUGGCCCUCGAUGGGAUUAUCCAAUGUACAGAACGUGAUGAAUUUGCAUACCAGGAAAUGAUCUCUUUCCUCCCACUCUGCUGCCAUCCGGAACCAAAGAAAGUCCUCAUUGUAGGCGGUGGAGAUGGUGGUGUGGCACGUGAGGUUGUGAAGCAUCCACUUGUCCAGGAAGUCUGUCAGGUGGAAAUUGACGAACGUGUUGUGGAGCUCUCCAAGGAAUACCUUCCCUUCAUGGCGUGCGGGUUCACGUCACCAAAGCUCACGCUAACCAUUGGCGAUGGCUUUGACUUUAUGAAGAAUCACGUGGGGGAAUUUGACGUGAUCAUCACAGAUAGUAGUGAUCCCGUGGGUCCAGCUGUGUGCCUCUUCCAGGAAUCCUACUUUAGUCUCAUGAAGUGCGCCCUGCGUCCCGGUGGUAUCGUCUGCUCCCAAGGUGGGACAUACUGGACGGAAAUGAAUCAAGUUAAGGACACACUGACGCAUUGCCGGAGUCAAUUCCCCGUUGCUGGGUACGCCUAUUCCUCUGUCCCAACGUACCCAUGUGGACAGAUUGGCUACGUCAUUGGAUCUCUCAAUGAGAACACAAAUCUCAAGGAACCAACGGUAAUAUUCUCGGAGGAGGAGCUAGAAAAAAUGGGAAUGCGCUACUAUUCCGCUGAUAUCCAUCGUGCUGCUUUUACACUUCCAAGAUAUGCUGCAAAUGUGCUAAAAUAAAUGGCACCAAACCUGCCUAACAAACUUUCCAUGAGAAUAACUUUUUUUUUCUGUCUUCAUAAGCCAAGUUUUAUCUAAAAUGUAUAUUUUCUCAUUAAAAUAAACUUUAUAAUGUUU